UUGCACCACUGCACUCCAGCCUGGGCAAUACAGCGAGACUCAGUCUCAAAAAAAAAAAAAUUUAUAUCAUUGUAGAAAAUUCUGGACAGCACUGUUAUAGACACUGUGGUCAAAUUAUAAUUCAGUAAAUUAAAAAAAAAUCUAUUCAUUUUAGUCACCAAAGCCUAGAAAUUAGGCUGUAGUUUUUAAGUUAUAUGUGAUAUUAGGACUAAAUCACUCUCAGCCCAGUGGCUGUCCUUGAGUAAGGUCCUGCGGUGAGUUUGGAAGGCAAUAGUUUAUUUUCCCUUGUUAUGCCCCUUCCUUUUUUUAUUAAAAUGUACUGACUUUUUGUACUUCUUUUAAUUGUAUUUUUAAAAAUUCUUCUAUGAAUCCUUUCUGUAUUCAAAGUAAUUCGAUAAUUGGAAUGGCAAGAAAGAAUCUUUUGCCCUGAUAUUAAAAUCAAGCUACUGUUUUUGUCUUCUAGGUAGCUACUGGGAAUAAUUUCACAAGUUGUUUCAAAGAUAAAAUAAGCUAACAGAUAAAGAAGCACUUUGCAAAGCUACUUUUGACUUAUCUUUUUAUGGGCUCUGUUUAGUUUCUUUCCCUUGUUAUUCAGAUAGUUUCUAUAAAGUUUAUUGUAGAAAUUGUAAAGGUUUUAUCAUUUAGGUUACAUUAAGUUAUUUUGGCUUGCAUUUGUCUGCUUGAUUUCAUUUUUGUUUCCAUUCUUUCCAUCUUUUGUUUCUGUAGUCGCUAACUUAUUUGUUAACAUCAGCCAAAAAAGAAAUUGAACUAAUGUCAGAAGAGCUGAGGGGUCUGAAAUCAGAGAAGCAGCUUCUUUCGCAGGAGGGAAAUGAUUUAAAGUUAGAAAACGGUUCACUUUUAUCCAAGCUUGUAGAAUUGGAGGCCAAAAUAGCUUUACUUCAGGGAGACCAGCAGAAACUGUGGUCAGUGAAUGAAACUCUUAAUUUAGAAAAGGAGAAAUUCUUAGAAGAAAAGCAAGAUGCUGAAAAGCAGUAUGAGCAGGAACAUCUCAAUAAGGAAGUUUUGGCUGUUGAGAGAGAGAAAUUGCUUAAAGAAAUCAAUGUUGCACAGGAAGAACUCUUGAAGAUCAAUGUGGAGAAUGACUCUUUGCAAGCUUCCAAGGUGAGCAUGCAGACGCUCAUCGAAGAGCUCCAGCUCAGCAAAGAUGCUUUGAUUGCCAAGACUGAGAAGGACCAGGAAGAAAGAGAUCACCUGGCGGACCAGAUCAAGAAACUUAUUACCGAAAACUUCAUCUUGGCCAAAGAUAAGGAUGAGAUCAUUCAGAAGCUGCAGAGCUCUUAUGAGGAGCUAGUCAAAGAUCAGAAAGCUUUGGUACAGGACAUUGAAGAUCUCACAGCUGAGAAAAAGUCAGCUUUAGAGAAACUGUCCAAUCUCGAUAACACGUGCAUAGCCUUAAAGGUGGAACGAGAUAAUGCUCUUCAGAACAACAGAGAUCUGCAGUUAGAGACGGACAUGCUGCUGCACGAUCAGGAAAAGCUGAAUGCCAGCCUCCAGGCCGCUCUCCAGGUCAAACAGCUGCUCCGCUCAGAAGCCAGUGGGCUCCGCGCACAGCUGGAUGAUGCCAGCAAGGCCCUGAGGAAGGCAGAGCUGGAGACCAUGCAACUCCAGGCCACAAACACAAGCCUCACGAAGCUCUUGGAGGAAAUUAAGGCCAGGCGGGCAGUCACAGACUCUGAGUGCAUCCAGCUUCUGCAUGAGAAAGAAACCUUGGCUGCCUCUGAGAGAAGGCUCUUGGCUGAGAAAGAAGAACUUUUAAGUGAAAAUAGAAUCAUCACUGAAAAACUCCACAAAUGCUCAGAAGAGGCUGCCCAUACUGAGAUGAGCCUGAAUGAGAAGAUCACUUACCUGACUUCCGAGAAGGAGAUGGCUUCUCAGAAAAUGACUAAACUUAAAAAGCAUCAGGAUAGUCUCUUGAAAGAAAAAUCCGCACUGGAAACCCAAAAUGGAGUUUUACUUGCAGAGAGAGAGAAUUCCAUCAAAGCCAUAGGAGACCUCAAAAGGCAAUGUGAUCAAGAGUCUGCAAACAGAAGGAUAAUUGUGCAAGAGAAUAUGAAACUCCUCGGUAAUAUUGACGCUCUGAAGAAGGAGCUUCAAGAGAGAAAAAACGAAAACCAAGAACUAGUGGCCAGCAAGUGCGACCUCUCUUUGAUGCUGAAAGAGGCUCAAAAUGCCAAAAAGAAUCUGGAAAAAGAACACACUCACAUAUUGCAAGCAAAGGAGAGUUUGGAUGCUGAACUUAACACAUGUUGUUCCGAGAAGAACAUUUUGCUGAGAGAUAGCUUGAACCUGCAAGAAGAGUGUCAGAAAUUAAGCGAGGAGAUCCAGGAAAUGCAGCAGUCCUUAAUCCUGGAACAGGAAGCCAGAGCAAAGGAGAAAGAGUCAUCCUUGUACGAAAACAAUCAACUUCACGGGAGGAUGGUGCUUCUGGAGCAGGAGGUGGAGGAGUUAAGAGUGUGUAUCGAGGAGCUGCAGUCCGAGAAGUUUGUGCUACUUCAAGAGAAGACCAAAUCGGAGCAAGAAGUGGCAGAGAUAAUUGAGGAGAAGGAACUGUUGACUGCAGAAGCAGCUCAACUUGCUGCCCAUAUAAAGACUCUGAAAAGUGAUUUUGCUGCCUUGUCCAAAUCCAAGGCAGAACUGCAGGAACUGCACAGCUGCCUCACCAAGAUUCUGGAUGACCUUCAGCUGAACCAUGAGGUGACCCUGGCCGAAAAAGCCCAGGUGAUGCAAGACAACCAGAACCUCCUGGCUGAGAAGAGUGAAAUGAUGCUGGAAAAGGAUGAGCUCCUGAAGGAGAAGGAAACGCUGGCAGAAAGCUACUUCAUCCUUCAGAAAGAGAUCAGCCAGUUGGCCAAAACCAACAGCCAUAUUUCAGCCAAUCUCCUAGAAUCUCAAAAUGAAAACCGUACUUUGAGGAAAGACAAGAACAAGCUUACUCUUAAAAUAAGAGAGCUCGAGACUCUUCAGUCAUUUACGGUAAAGUGAGAGGGUCAAGUAUUGAGCACCCAGACUGUUUACUAACACUGUGCACUAACUCAAGUGGUGUAGGUCAUCUUUCUUCAUUUCUGCUUAUGGAAAUCCACCUCAUUAAGUCAGUUGCUUAUAUGUCUCAAGCUGUUCGUUACAGUCUGAAAGGGGGAUUCUUUACGAAGUAUCUCACUGUAGUAGUCUCUCCCCAUUUGAAAAAAAUUGCAAACUGUGAAUAAAAAGGAUUUAUUUUUUAAUUUAAGGAGGAACUUUGUGAAAAAGCUAACUGUGGUUUCUUAAAGGCUUAAGAGCAAUAGUGAAAUAAGGCCGGGCGCAGUGGCUCACGCCUGUAAUCCCAGCACUUUGGGAGGCUGAGGUAG